AGACUGGAAAAGUAAAAGAGGGCCGGCUGCCCUCAUGAUGAAGAGCAUCUAUUUCUUUCUCUGAUCUAACUUAGUCCCUCUUAUUUUGUUCCGAGAACAUUCACGGUGUUGGCACUAGCAUCGUUGAAUCAAAUUCAUCUAUUGCUAUCCUUUCUUUGUCAAUAGCUUCACUCCACUUUGAGUCUGAGGACAGCCGACUUCUCCUGCAUAUCCGAACUGUCGAUUGUUUAUAUACACGCAUACAUCCUACCCAUAACUGCAUGCUUCCUAACUCUUGUCAUCCUCUGUCUCUAUCCCCCUCUUUUUUCCAGAGACACGUUUACUCCCAUCAUCUCGCUGGAUCCCCACCAUCUCACCCUUUUCGAAUUUCGGGUCUAGUUGCCCGCUGCGACAACGUCCAUCCUGUCACAUUUCUUCCGUCGUUCAGUUUCUCCGGUCCGCUUCUCCUGGACAAGACCCUUCGUCACUCGACCGCCUCAGAACCGUCGGUACCUCUGCUCUUCAGCAACAGACUACCAGCCGAUCAAGUACCCAAUACCCGUGCUCAUUCCCACUAAAACGAAAGCCAAAGCUAAAAGCCGACGGUACCUGACGGGAACUAAAAAUAUUGUUAGUACAGCCAAGAAAAGCUCGUUGCUCCCCGAGAACAAAGGUUGCCCCCCUUUUUGCCAGAUGCGGCGUGGGGUGUAAACAAAUGAGACACGCCCGCAAUCAGUACCCGACACCGAAAUAAGGGCCCCAGCUGGGCCUUGCCGCCUCCCAAGAUGCCUUCUGCUACAACAACAACAUCUACGGUUCCUCAUAGGCCAACGACUCCAAAACUCCGUCCCAGGAGCUCCUCACGCGCUAUCCGAAGACCGAACAGCGCUGCAUCAACCCCUAACCUCAAGUCCGCAUACGCUUCGCAUUCGCGCGCCGCGCCGCCGCCUCUACCGCGCAAAGGCUCCCUGGCCCAGCUCACACAAGGCUCCCUCGCCAGCAUCCCCGAUGUUUCUGAGAGCUACGCCGUUGAUACUGUCCUGAGCGACUCCUCACAAAACAUGAUGCCUCCUACGACGCCCGGUCGCUCACAGGCUGUGAACGUUGCACUUGGUGAUAUUGUUGAUGUCCCUGGUGGAAUGCAUGGCGUUGUUCGUUUCGUUGGUCCUGUGCAAGGCAAGAAGGGAGUUUUUGCUGGUGUCGAGCUCGACCGAGACUUUGCUAGCCGAGGCAAAAAUGAUGGCGAUGUGGACGGCAUAUCAUACUUCACAACAACAAUCCCUGGCGCUGGUAUCUUCUUACCAGCGGCCAAGGCUCUUCCUCGCCGCGAUUCGAUUCCGCCCUUUCCCAUGACACCAGGCGCGAUGGGUGGACUUCGGGCUGGCAACCAAAACUCACUCAACUACACUUCCCCAACACCUGGUCUCCCCAAGUUCAGUGCUUCUGUUGGACCCGGUGCCCGGGCUCCCAGUCCUCAGCAAAAGCUAGCACCCAGAACUUCUCUUCCCCGGCCCGACUCUCCUGUACGCCGGAUGCAGAUGACACCUGGCCCAAGACCAUCCAUGACAACACCAGCCAAAACUCCCACCAGGUAUGGGAGCCCAACGCAGUCACGCUUCGCUCAGAGCGUCCGCGGUACAUCUGGUGAUCCGAGUAAGAGACCCCAGAGAAUGGAUCGGAAGCCAAGCCAUGGACCGCGAAGUGCUUCAGCCUUGGGGUCGAUAUCAGGCCUUGAUGAUGAUCCCGCACCUUUGGGAAUCCAGCGAACCGGUACUAACGGAAGCUCCGGGUCGGUCUCGUCGUUCGCCAUGAAGAUUCGGCCUGCGUCGCGUAUCAACGUUAAUGAUGAAGAACUCGAUCGGCUGCGAUCACAGAUUGAAGAUCGCGAUCGGCAACUAAAGGAGCAAUCCGCUACAUUAGCCGACAUGGAGAGUAGCUUAGUUGAACUGCAAGGUCUUAUGGAGCAAGCAGACAUGCCGGCGGUGCAACGAAACAGCUGGGACAACAAGGACACAGCGCAGCUGCGCCAACUGCUGAGAGAAAAGAACGACAAGAUUGCCAUGCUCACAGCAGAGUUUGACGCUCAUCGGGCUGACUUCCGGAGCACUAUCGACACUCUGGAGCUUGCCAGCACCGAAACGGAGCGCGUGUACGAGAAACGGAUAGAGGAGCUGAUGGCCGAUGUUCGAGAACUCGAGUCACGUAACCUAGACGUCGAUUCUGUGGCGACCCAACUAAAGCAACUGGAAGAACUGGUCCAAGAACUCGAGGAAGGUUUAGAGGACGCUCGUCGGGGUGAAGCAGAAGCUCGAGGGGAAGUUGAGUUCUUGCGCGGAGAGGUUGAGCGAACAAGGACGGAAUUGCGUCGCGAACGUGAAAAGGCUUCGUCAGCUCCUCCGGCAAAUGGCGAUCAUACAGUAUCUUCCAAAGAGCUUGAGCAAAAAGAUGAUGAGAUUAGAGGCCUCAAAGCCAUCAUUCAUUCCCUCAGCAGAGACUCUGUUCCUGGGGAGCCCAAGCCCCCUGCACCAAGGCCUGGUUCAUUGAUGGCCGAAGACGUUGUGGCGAAUAAGAUCGCGCGCGACAAUCUCGAGCGACAAGUUGCUGAGCUCCAAUCUCUCCUUGAAAAGAAGAACAGCCGCGAGGACGAACUCGAGAAGGAGCUUGAAUCAAUCCGUCAGAACGGUACAGCAGCCAACAGGUCUUCUUUCAGAGACUCCCGAGACACCGUCGUUAUGGCUCAGGCAAUGGAGAACCGACCAGUCGAGAACCUCAAGAGAUCCAGUACCGCUACACAUAAGCGGGUCAGCACCCUCGACACAAUGCCAGAGAGUGACGACUACUCCAAUGCUACUGAGACUAGCACCCUCUGGUGUGAGAUCUGUGAGACUAACGGUCACGACAUCCUAACCUGCACCAACAUGUUCGGUCCUGAUGGUGCUAAGACCAACGGCGAGUCCAAGGCCAUCAAGAAGGCCAGCCGCGAGGAGCUUAAGCCUCAUACCCCUACAGGUGAUGAUGCCCCUGCGCCUCUCACGCCAUUCAGACUCAAGAAUGCCGGACCUCCCUCUCCUGCAGUUAAGAUCAUGCCGAACCCCAUGGAGUCAGGCCCCGUUGCUGGCAAGGAGAGUGGCAUCAUGGACCCCGAGAAGUGGUGUGCUCUAUGUGAGCGUGACGGCCAUGACAGCGUGGAUUGCCCCUUCGAGGAUGCCUUUUGAGGGCCAAAUUCAAAUAUUUGUUUUCAUAACGCAUAGCAUGUUGGAGAACCAUUGGAACGAGCAUCAGCGCGGCUUUUCUUGAAGCCUUGCGAAGGACCAUUAAACUAUGCUUGGUGUAAAGGGGCGUGAUGAAAAUCGCCUCAUGCGUGUAUCCCCUUUUCAUGUUCUUAUUUUCGAAGCUUGGGUCGGCAGUCAGGUUUUGAAUGCCUGGUCUUUGUCUGGUAAGGCACUUUUCGUGAUACCAUAUCCUUACUCGUGUUUUAUAUCCUCAACCUGUCUUGUAGCACUUUCUUGUAAUACUAUAUGACAUGGUAUAUCAGACUGUUUUUUGGUCAAUAUUCCUUGGUAAUGUGAAGUCAGCAGUUGUGUAUUAUCUAUCGCCUUGGUGUACCUUGAAACAUGUUGCUGCCUAUAUUUAUUUCUUGCGAUAUUUGUAUUCUCUCCCCUCGAGCACUAUGCCACCACCGAGCACUCUUCCACAGCUCACCAUCCCACUCACCUGCUAAAGCACGAUACUUCAUUAAAAACCAUAUACUGGGCUCCCAACUACGUGAGUCCCACGGCACACCUGCACCCAUACCAUGUGAGUUCCUCCCAGCUCCCCAGCAUGUGAAACCGCCGGAAAGAAUAUCAUGGCACAGAGCCCCUUCAUCAAUGGCAUUAGGAUCUUGAUCGAGAACGGUGAUGAGAUUCUCACGGAAGAUUUUGAACGGAAUAACAUCCUAGCUGCAUUAGUACGCAAGAGCAUGAAGUCGUUCAUACUAACACACAAUAUAAGGAUGAUGUCCAAACGUUAACUGUUUCUCAAUCGGUUGAAGAUCAGAUGAUACAUCCAGGAAUCUUGACUUCACAAAGGACAGUUUUGAUGGAUGGUGGCCUUCGUCCGGGGUAACAGAGAACACACUGCAACCAUUAUCAUGGAGUAUCUCGUCUACACCCCGCAUACCGAGAGCGUAGCAGUUUGCGAAUAUUGCACCAAAUAUCCCCGGCUCCAUUGUGUAUUGUGCUGGGAAAAGCGAUGGUCUCGCAUUUGCUGUCUUGUACAAUGCUUUGGCAAAUUGGAUAGCUUGAAGUUGACCAGGAGUCUGAUGCAGUAUGUUUUGUGAAGAAGACGGAGAUUUCGGUCCUCGGAUAUCUUGUUGUAGAUGACGAAGAAGAGAUCGUUUCUGUUCAAUGCUGAGGCUCUCUACACCGUAUAGGACGUCUUUCAGGGAACCAUCGUCAUUGCUUGAGGCUCCUUGAGAGCUGCUGUGGUCAGAGUCUGGACUAUCCUCAAAGACUUCUUCUAUGGCCCUAUAGCCCAUGUAGUCUGCUGGGGGUUGGCCUGUAAACGUUGAGGAUUGUUGUAUAAGCCCAGGCAUGACAUCUUCCCACUGGUCGUGAGAUCCAAGGCUGGGAGGGUUGCCUUUGUUAAGUACUGGCAGAAAUUCCGGUACCAGUUGGUUAGAAAUGACCGUUGGAACCGACUCCUGGGUAAAAUCUUCCCAAGUUUGCGGCACAAAAUAAGGUCCAGUGCCAUCGAAUCUAUUAAGAUCCAAUGGUAUGAGAUGGUUAGUCAGAGGGGCGCUAGACAAUGUUUGGCCUUGCAAUGGAGGAGCGCCGGUGUCACUCGAACCACUGGGACCCGGAACAUCAUCUAUAUGACCAUUACCGGUGAUACUAGAAAGGUUACUGGGCUCCAAAAGCUCAUUUAGCAGGGCCAGUUUCUGUUUCCGCUUUUCGCCUGUGAUACCAAGGUUGACAGUGUUAGUACGAUCAAGCUCCGCCGAUAUAUCGUGCAACUUCAGAUCAGCAAAAGUACAUACGAUAGUUUCGGCUGGCAAGACGGUUCUGCUCACGGCGUGCCUCGCUAUUGCGGUUGGCUGACACCUUGCCCUUCUGGAUCUUUGUGGUCUCACCCAUAAUAUUCCAUGACAACGAGUUGAGAUUAGGGUAAGCAGAUGUGGAACUGACGCAGCAGAUAAGAAAGAUGAUGAUAACUGCGAUGCCAAGGAGGUCGAGUUUUUUAAUUCCUUUUGAGUUUUUAGGGCCGUACAGUUUCUUCCGUUCAAUAUUGGCUUCUUGUCGUUCAAAGGUGUUGAAAUGUUUUUUUAAGUCACAACAACAAGAUUAGUUGUUGAUGCUUCAGUCCAUGAACACGGAGGUAAGGUUGUGAGUUAAACGGUCCCACUUUUAGACUUCCAUAAAGCAGUAGUGGUUUAUUGACCAAUCACACUAAUCAUUUUACUGAUUCUACCGUAUCCCCCAAAGAGUUCAUGAGGCUCUAGGUACUCCAAGGCACCUUAGGGAAGGCAAAGCAACUUUCAAGAUGUCUACCUAUCC